CACUUAAAAAGGAUAAACAAUAAAGUGGACCCAUUUGGAGUUUAAUGUUCCUGUCACUUUGAAAUCGUCUCUAUGACCACUGACAGCCAUGAGAGUGAAACCCAUGGUCAGGAUUUUUUAUUUUAUUUUAUUUUUUAAUUUUUUUUCUGCACCAUUCUCUCGCAGCAGUGAAAUGGAAUAUAAUUAAAUGGAUGUUCUGGUUGUGAAGGAGCCUCCUGGAGCUGCCUGCAGGACCCCUGAGGGCUCUCUGGGACUCCAUUUGGGAACCACUUAGCCGCACCUCUUCAGAACUCUAGAAGUUAGAUGUGUUGGUGGAUAUAAAAUAAAAAAAAAAAGUUGCCAUAAAUAUGUAGGCCUGUGGCUGCAGCAUGGAGGAGGAGAAGGAGGAGAAGCUGGUUAGACUAACACAGACAUCUCACUACUUCAAGCCAAAUGAAUCAGAUGGAGCAGAUGAAUGCUACAUGACAGACAGCAUCUCAUCCUCCCUGUCUGAUAAAGGAGGCCUGCUGAAACAUGAGCAGACAGGAGUGGAGUCUUGCGUGUUUGCUGGUGAUUGCAAAGGUCUGUCAAAGCUCGAUCUCCUGAAUUCCAAUGGUUCCACCCCCCACCCCCCCCACAUCUUCUCUCUCUCUCUCUCUCUUCCCCUCUCUCUCUCUAGCAGCUGCGCCUCUCAUGCCUUUCCUGACGCUGAGCGAAGCCUCCCAUACAGAUGAGCGCUGGAAAGCCACGCACCUCUUGACGUAGCCACAGACCGGUUGCGGUUGCCACUCGGUCUCCGUAGCACGUAUUGCGCAACGUGACUGAUGCUCAACUGGCACCACGGCCGGCGCAUCCGGCUCGCAGCGUCGCGUGAAUCCGUCGGUAAAGUGGUCCGGAGGCAGCAGCAGCAGGGGGGAGGCAUCACCGAGGAGAGGAGGAAGAAGAAGAGGGGGGAACCGACCUCCUCCGCCGCCGCCGCUGCGCUCCUCUCCGCAGCCGGACUGGACCCUCCCCUUGUCAUUGCCACAGGGAGAGAUGCGUCGGGGGUGCAGUCGUGAUGUGACUGUGUGAGCGCCAGAGCCCGUCCACUGUACCAGCAGCAGCUUUUUUUUCUCUUCUUCUUCUUUCCCCCCCUUUUUUGACGACUUCAUCGCAGCAGAAGGUGAAAACUGACACUGAGAGGAGAUGACGGCUUCGUUUGGCAGCGCGCAAGCAACGCGGCAGCAGCGGCGGCAGCAGCAGCAGCAACAUCCACGGAGCGAGCCGUGACCACAGCUGGAGCCGAGGAGCUGGAUGUUUGUGAGUCCGAGCCGAGCCGAGCUGCUUUAGUCUGAGCCGUCUUCGCUCUAAGUCCAGUCUGCUUCACCGGAGCGCACCUGCCUGGAGGAACUGAUCAGGAGAGGUUGCAUUUUUUGUUUUCUCUUCCUUUGCGCUCUGAGGCCGGGCUUUCUGCAGCCCACUCCCCUGCCUGCUUCCCCUACAUCCUCCGCGGCGUCUCUCCAGCAGCUCCGCAUUUUUACCCCCACCUCCACUCCACAUCCAACCCACCUGAGUGUCCCUCUCCUGCGCUCCUCCGGUACAGAUCUGUGCAAAAAAUAAAAUAAAAUAAUCAAUCGGAGCGGGCGCCGCGUCUAUGCACCUUCAGCCACGCCGCCCCAGAAAGGACUUUCUUGCUAUUGAGAGCUGCUUGGAUAUGCAGAGAUUAACGUGAGAGGAUGGAUCUAAUUAUCUGUGUUUUGGGGCUGCUGGCGCUGAUCGUGGAAGGCAUCCGUUGCCAAGGAGUGUAUGCGCCUCCAACGGUUCGCAUUAUACACUCAGGGCAUGCCUGCAACGUGGAGGAGGAGAGGCACACCGAGAGAGUCUACACCAUCCGAGAAGGAGAAACCCUGGAGCUCACCUGUCUGGUGACGGGGCAUCCUCGACCUCAGAUCCGAUGGACAAAGACAGCUGGCAGCGUGUCAGAUCGCUUCCAGGACUCCAGCGUGUUCAACGAGACGUUGCACAUCGCGAAGAUCCUGAGGACUCAGGGCGGUCGUUACUACUGCAAGGCUGAAAAUGGACUCGGCUCUCCGGCCAUCAAGUCCAUCAGGGUGGACGUCUACUACCUGGAUGACCCGGUGGUGACUGUGCACCAGAGUAUAGGAGAGGCUAAGGAGCAGUUCUACUAUGAGAGGACGGUGUUCCUGCGCUGUGUGGCCAAUUCCAACCCGCCCGUCCGCUACAGCUGGCAUCGCGGCAGGGAGGUCCUGACGCAGGGCUCGGACAAAGGCGUGGAGAUCUACGAGCCUUUUUUCACACAGCAGGGGGAAACAAAGAUUCUGAAGCUGAAGAACCUGCGUCCUCAGGACUACGCCAACUACAGCUGCAUCGCCUCUGUGAGGAAUGUGUGUGGGAUUCCUGACCGCAGUGUCAUUUUCAGACUCACCAAUAAGACAGCCUCCCCGUCCAUCAAGCUACUGGUGGAGGAUCCUAUCGUGGUGAAUCCAGGACAGACUGUAUCCUUGGUGUGCAUCACCACAGGAGGGGAGCCGCCUCCUCUUCUCACCUGGGUCAGCAGCAACGACAGCCUCCCCCAGAGGAGCGUGGUGAAGGGGGGAACGCUCACCCUGCCGGCCAUCACCUCGGACGAGGCGGGGGUCUACAGCUGCGUGGCCAGCAACAACGUGGGCAACCCGGCCAAGAAGUCGACCACCAUCGUGGUGCGAGCUUUGAAAAAGGGACGGUUCUGGAUCACUCCUGACCCCUACCACAAUGAUGACAACAUCCAGAUCGGACGAGAAGUCAAGAUUUCCUGCCAGGUGGAGGCGACGCCUCCAGAGGAGCUGACGUUCAGCUGGCUGAAGAAUGGCCGUUCCCUGCGGAGCUCCGAGCGGAUGGUCAUCACUCAGACGGACCCGGACAUCUCACCCGGAACCACCAACCUGGACAUCAUCGACCUCAAGUUCACCGACUUCGGCACCUACACCUGCGUGGCGGCGCUGAAGGGCGGCGGCAUCCCUGAGAUCAGCAUCGACGUCAACAUCUCCUCCACAACUGUCCCUCCUUUGUUUUUCUCUUUCUUAGUUCCCCCCAACCUGACAGUCCCACGGGGCAAGUCGCCCCUGGUGGCCCGCGAGGGUGACACAGUGGAGCUGGAGUGCCUUGUUUCAGGGAAGCCUAAGCCCAUCAUCCUGUGGUCGCGGGCGGACAAGGAGGCGCCGAUGCCGGACGGCAGCAUGCAGAUGGAGAGCUACGACGGUGUGCUGCGUAUUGUUAACGUGUCCAGGGAGAUGACGGGCUCGUACCGCUGCCAGACCAGCCAGUACAACGGGUUCAACGUGAAGCCCAGGGAGGCCGUGGUGGAGCUGAUCGUGCAAUACCCUCCGACGGUGGAGCCGGCGUACAUGGAGAUGCGUCAGGGCCUGGGGAGGCCGGUGGUGAUGACCUGCAGGGUCCUUCGAGCCCACCCAUCCCGAGUGCUGCGAUUCGAGUGGCUCCUGUCCAACCGGCUGCUCCACGCUGGAGCCUUUGACGCCCAGAGAGACGAGACGGAAUACACAAUCCGCAACCUGAACCGGGAUGGCUGGGGCGAGUACACCUGCAACGUCAUCAACGAGGCUGGAGCAGGAAAAUGCACCUUCCAGGUUACAGGUAAAGCCUACCCUCCGGAGUUCUACUAUGAUACCUACAGCCCUCUGUGGCAGAACCGACCCAGAGUCUACGGCUUCAAGCUCCAGUGGACCCAGAUGAACCCGAACGCCGUGGACCGAAUCGUCGCCUACAGACUCGGCAUCAGACAGAUGGGGCUGCAGCGCUGGUGGGAGCAGGAGAUCCCUGUGGAUCAAACCAUCAGCAAAGGAGAGCUCAUGACGCAUAACCUGACUGAGCUGAUAAAACCUGAAUCUUACGAGGUGCGUCUCACCCCCAUCACACGCUUCGGAGAGGGCGACUCCACCAUCCGGAUUGUCACCUACAGCGCUCCCAUCAACCCUCACCUGCGAGAGUUCCACUGCAGCUUUGAGGAGGAGCCCAUCUGCAUGUUCACCCAGGACAAGAACGAUGAUUUUGAUUGGACAAGGCACAGCGCUGCCACCCGCGACACCAAGUACACGCCCAACACCGGUCCCAGCGGCGACCGCAGUGGCUCCAAACAAGGUUUCUACAUGUACAUUGAGACGUCCAGACCACGGAAGGAAGGAGACCAGGCUCGGCUCAUAAGUCCGUUCUUCAACGUAGCACCUAAAAACCCGUACGGAAUCACCAACCCACCCGCCUACUGUUUCGGCUUCUUCUACCACAUGUAUGGAAAACACAUAGGAACACUAAACGCCUUCCUGAAGCAGAAGGGCCAAACGACCUCGGAGGGCCCCGUGUGGUCUCUAAGCGGUAACCAAGGUGAACGCUGGAAACAGGCCAAAGUAAGCAUCCAUCCAACGGCGUCCUUCCAGGUCGUACUGGAAGGUAUCCGGGGACCAGGCAUCGAGGGAGACAUCGCCAUUGAUGAUAUCACGCUGGAGGAAGGGGAGUGUCGAGACCCACCGCCCAAUCUCAGCGCCAAGGCUCUGUCCACAUCCUCCCAUAUAUGGCUGCUAUGUGUCACCUUGGUGCUGACCCUGCUGGAAGGUCAGAGGUGACCCUAUUCUCCGUUAUCUCAGAGGCGAAUAUUCAGACCCACCGUCUGUGAGCUACACCCUCGGCAUCCAAUCACCAAAGAUUCAUGCAUCCUGAAAGCAGCGGGGUCCCCCUCAUGGACCACAGACCCACAGAGGGACCAACGGAAGAGAGAGAAAAAAUAGCGAUUAAAAAGUUACACAAAAAGUAAUAAAGAAGAUGCGCAAAUUUUUUUUUAAAAAGAGACCUCUUUUACAGUAAAACACUCCUCGGCGCGGGACGUCUUUACGAGCACAAAGACGGAUGAGCGACGGAUGAGCCUGGACUUUGGCAGAGAGAGUUCACAAGCGUCGAGGGGAGGACAGUUUGUAAAGCACAAGUACAAUUUUAUGAAGCUACGGAAAUAAUCUUUGGAAGGCGGCGAAAAAUACAGACACUGCUGACUUUUUGAAUAUGAAGUAACAUUUUCCCUGCUUACAAAUACAUGGAAUCAGACCUUUCUCUGUGUAUCUUUAUCUUCAUUUUUCUUGCACCAAAUGCCAAUCACCGACACUUGUUUUUCACUGGAAGCCCCGGCCUCACGUCACAUCUUGGCAUUUUCUUUAUCUGCUUGGUGCUGUACUGUAGAGAAAAACAAGGACUCUGGCAACGUUUCGUUCUGUCUGCUUACUCCCACCGCCCCCCCUCCUGUAGCUGCCUAUGUAUCUUUUAACACUGUGCUCACGAGUCCAAGUGGCCAACCGACGGUAUGGUGGCAGAACAAUAACAGCAGCAGAGGAGUAGACAGCAGGAGUGGAGGGCAGAGAGGAGGUGAGGUUGAAGGGAGGAGGAGUGGAGGGAAGAGGAUUAACAGGCAGAGAGUAGAGAGAGAGAGAGAGAGAGAGGAGCUCGAUUAGCGAGGCCUGACUCGAAUAUUCAGUCGGCGGUCUACCUGUGGAACAGAAGCCACUUUACUUUCUGCCAUGAAACAAAGUGCCUUCAGAUUACAAAACCGAAUCGUGAGCCUGGGUGUUAAUCAACAUCGAACAAAUCUCUGUUGAUGUUUCCUCUGAUGGGCUAUUUUCUACAUGUUUCUUUUGCCCCACAAGUGCUGACGGGAGGCCACGUGUGUUCAGAGGGAGUACGAGGGUCAUGCUACGCCCAGAUCUUGCUCCUGAUGGGACAGUUGCCUGUGUGUGUGUGUGAGUGUGUGAGUGUGUGUGUGUGUGUUGCGUGUUUGUGUGCGUGCAUGCACCUAAGCCUACGCAUAGUUCAACGUGAGGGCGGCCAACCAGGCAGUGCCGGCAGCGCGGCUUUUGGAAACAAUUUGGAUUAAAAAAAGAACAAAAAAACAAAGCGGCAACAAUGAAAGUGAGGCUCUGGAUCUUUCUGUUGUUUUUUUUUUUUCUUUUCUUUUUGUGCAGAAAGACAGUUUAAGAUCAUACAGGAGGAUAAAAACACUUCGUCGAAUGAAUACCCCACUCUCUCUUCCCAUAAUUCUCCUUCCCUGCGGGCGAGCAUUUUUUUAACAAAAGAAAAAGAACAACUGCUGAAUAAAACAUUGUACAGGGAGGCGAGUAGGAACUCUGGGACUGCAGGCUCUUCAUUAGGGUGAAAGGCCUCACCCCUAUCCUCCACCAUUUAUAUGGAACAAUAUGAGAAUAAAAAGAUAAUAAUGACCAUAAUAAUAGUCAUGAUAUUUUAUUACUCUAGCGAGAAUGUUUCUCUGCUUUUACACAAACUGUGAAGAUUGACUGUGGAAGAUCUACCUGAGACCAUAACCUUAACCAGCGGGGUUUUUAAAAAAUGUAUUGUAAAAAAGAGAAAAUAAGAAAAUGAAAAAUUCCGUUCAUUGUUGGUUAUGACAAAUGUUUUGAGGACUUGUGUCUUGUUUCUUAUUUUUUCUGUUGAAGAUGACUUACCUUCCUUUUUCUUCUUGUUGUCUCCCUUUGCAUUGCUGAAAUAUCAAAGCUGAUGGAAGCAUAAGAAGUAAACCAAUUUGGUAAAUGUAUAACUUGUAAAUGUUAAAGAAGCUCUAUUCAAAGGUUUAUGAUAAAUGUUUUAUGUUGGAGUACAGGAAGCACAACAUACAGUUUAAGGUCUCAACAUAUAAAAUCCAUUUUAUACUUCUCUGCACAUGCGUGACCUGCUCCCACAAAUUCAGGCUUUCCGUCGCAAACAAGUCCACAUUUAACAGCAAACCGGUCAUUUUCUACUCGCACUCUUCAUAUUUAUCGCGCAAACAUGACACCGAGGAAGACAAAGGGUCGAGCCGGGAGUGUAAAAAUGAAAUCUGCACGAUUGCAGAUGGCAUGAAGGUUGGGAUUGGUGUUGUGGUUCAGCAUAUGUAGCCUCUUCAGUGGAAGCCUGGGUUCGUCUGAGUGGGUUGUGCACAUGUGUAAAGCAUAAAGCUGUGUACAAUAGGUGUGACAAGAAACUGAUAUAUGUAAAGAAGAUAAAUAUGCUAAGCAAAACAGAGCAGAAUGAUGAACAUUUCAGGGCAUCCUUACUAUAUGGUCUGUAUGGUGAUACUGCAGAGACAUAGUCAUCACAGAUAUUAUCUGCUAUCAUUUAUUUUUUUACAUAAGUUCAUACAUUUUCAUUUCAAGUUUAGGAUCACACUGAAUGUAAAAAUGGAGUUCUUGGGAGUUCUUUAAUCUUGCAGUCUUACUAGAUGUAAUGUUUUACUAAAACAUAUGUUUUUGUGUGCUUUUGAUGAUGAGAACUUUCAGACUUUUAUAGGUUGUUUUGGACACAUCGAGAACAUGAAGUUCGUCCGACUUUGACACAGACUUUGACACGAUUUCCAAAAACGCAUAUAAGCUCAGAUAAAAUACCCAUUAGCUAGUUGCUAUAUCCUCCUGUGGUGUAUAGCAGGUAAUGAAAAGUGCCAAAGUGCCCCGAACAGUCGUCACUCUUACUGACUACGGAUAUGAGUUUAAGAUAUUUUGGCAACUGUUCCUUUUACAUCCCUGAGCAGCUGGUCAGUUUGUGGUGGGAAGCAAAGGUCAGAAUUUAAUGUAACUGCACCUCUGAGUACAUGAGGACAUCACAGGCAGGUUUAAAUAAGCGAACACAUUUGAUAAUGCUGGUAUAAGAUGGUUGUCCACUGCAGGAACUCGAGGCAGGUUGCACUAACAUUUCUAGAAGCAGCCUCCUUUCAGGCUUUCUGUUUCCACUGCAGUGUAGGAUCUGUCAGGACUUACCAUGACAUUAACUCAAAGUGCACUAAAACCACUUGAAAUAGUAACUACUGGAUGUAACACAUUAGAACAAUGAAGACUGGUGCUGUGUUUGUCUAUGUGGUGAAUUUUAUGCUGAAGAUGGCAAUGUUAUGUCUCCUUCGAAGGGAACCAAUCAGCAUUUGUCUUCUUUGAGCCCUGCACCACAGUUUUCAGGUCCACCUGGAUAUAGGUAAUCUGGAGGAGAUCUUUUUUUCUAGGCUAAAAAUGGCGCUAAAGGUGGUUUUUCAGGGGCGGUUCUUGCAGUCAAAACGUGCACUAAUGUUCAGGCCCACAGGUUCCUGCAGUGAAAAAUGCCUAAAAGGAAUAGUUUGGCAUUUUGGGAAGCAUGCAGAGGUUUGUUUGGUUUAGCUUAGCAUAAAACUGGUAAUAUGGGGAGAACUGUGAGGCUUACUCUGUCCAAAGGCAGUAAAAUGUUGUCAUGAAGCACUUCUAAAGCUCACUAAAUUACAGGUUCUAUCUUCUUUUAACAAAAUAAAUAAGUUUAAUAUAUUUUUCGAGCAGUGAGGUAGAUAUCCCUUUCCUAUAGCCUCAGCACAACCCAGCAAGACAUGGUGGCGAGGGAAGAGUUUACCUCUUAAAAGAAGUGGAAAACAUUUUCCAACUGGAGGAAGUUACAUUUAAGCGAAGCAUGAAUCUGUCAGACCGAUCAAAGUUUAUUGUGUUGUUAAUAAUUGAAGAGACAACAGCGCCUCAGAGAGCAAAUGAUAUCGGCUGACUGUUUAGCUGUAUAUUAAGUACAUUUAUAGUAUUCACCAGCCUAUUCAUCGGUUUAACAUUGUGUUGUUGCUGGGCAUCGAGGCUAACCGUGAUGUGUUUGUUUACAGCAUAUAGUUUCAGAGUUACAAAUACAGUUUAGAAUUCAUUCAAGGGACCUGUUCACUGAUUUAGAUAAACUAUUUAAGUUGCAAACAUUAUUUUGAUGCAUUGCUUUGGCAUUAUAAUGUAGCUUCAGCUUAAUAUUGUGUGUAAUUUAAACUCUGAUAUUUGCGUUAAUUGAUUUAAAACCACAUUCAAGUUGAGGUAACUUAAUGAAAGUGACGUGAUAACUUCAUUUCCCUUCAUCUUCAAGUUAGGAUUUCCAGUCCUCUCGUCUAUCUUAACGUGCCUGCACACUGUCAGACAGUUAAAAUUGGUAAUUAAAAGUAACUCUGAUUGAAACAAAAAAGCAAAUUCCCCAGAGUCAGUGUUGUUCCUUGAAGUUUUCAUUCCUCAAAAAGAUUGAUGCAAACUGUUGCUGUAUUGUUUUUGUGUGUCUAGUCCAGACACCCACAAACACUUCUUUUCCAACUGGUUUCCGAGCAGAGUAAACAAAAGAGAUUUAACGUAUUGAUCUGUUAGCUGCAGAGGUGCUGGCAUUUGGGUUUUGUAACCUUUGGACAGAGCCAGACUCAUUGUUUUCCUCCAUGUCCAGUUGUUACUAAACUAAUCUGACUGACUAGUGGUAGUUUCCUGUUAAAUGAGCAUGAAAUGAACAGGUGUCAUCAGUCUCCAUGUCUAAGUCCGUACAAGAAAACAAACAGUAGGUUUUUUUGUCCCUCGAAAAUGUCAAACCAUCGCCUCAACAUGAGAGCUUCAGUUCAAAAAUAUGCUCCCUCUGUUUGUGUACUUUGUGUUUCCUGUAUUUACAUCACUAUUAGGUUUUCAAACACUGCAGCAGACCUCCUUUUUGCUUCAGUUUGUACAUUAUUAAACAUAUUGGGUGCUUUCAUGCAAAUUGAAAAUCUUUGUUCGAGUUUCCAAAUGUUGUCAGAUUUUUGCCAGACAAAAAAAAAUACAGGAAUCAUUGUUUACUUCCACGGUGUUGCAGCUCUCACCACGUCCUUGAUUUCCAUUUCUGUGCAAUUCACACACUAAAUGUCAGCCUCUGCCCUUUGUGCAUACGAGGUGCUGUGAGCCUGGCGAGCAGUUUACACACUCAGCUCUGCUCCAUUUCUUGAUGAAAGUCCUCUAAGCUACUUCAAAGUACAAUUGGAGGGGAUUAACAGUUUUUGAAUAUGUAAACAGUGUUGUGCGACUGUUCGCGCUCUCACGCUGUUUACUGACAUUAUUUUGAUGGUGAGAGCUAUCUGUAGUUGAAGGGGAAAAAGUGUGAAGUGUUCAGAAAGCAAGAGGAGGGAAAUGAGUUAUUUCUAGAUUAGUUUGGGCGCUGGAGCUUAAUGUGACCACAUGUGCCAAGUGUUUUGUUUUUCCAUCUCAGCGCCUGGGCCCUGGAUAUUUAGUGGCUGUUGUGUUUUUUGUUUUUGUUUUUUUGCACUAGUUGUCGCGAUUGUGCCAUACUUUUUAAUUACAAAAAUGAAACAGCAUUGCCUUUUUUCUUUCUCCUCCUGGUUCAGGAAUCUGUUCAGCUCAGUUCUUCCACUUUCUCCACAACGUAAAGUGUUCAGUGCAGGUACUGUGAUCUAAUGCAACAAUGCAGUAUUAAGAACUACAUUCCUCAGAUAGAACAUAGCACAGAGCUCUGUUUUAUCUCAGAUGACUGGCUCAGUCAUGUUUCUGCAGGUGCACAGGUCAGCCUUUAUAUCUUUCCACUAUCGCUCUGCAGACAGGCUUUGUGCUGCAGCAGCUCCUUCAUCAAUCAACGCUUAAUUGCUAAUUUAAAAAGUUCAAAGGUUAAUGCACAGUUAGUCGUCUAACUGCAUCAAAUUCUUCUUUAAGUGGUCACUUUCUUGACAUAUUUGUUGUUGAACUCUUCGGACCCCUUUGAAGCUCCAGUUGCUGUUAUACUGGAUGUUUUUGAUCUUCUAUAAAUUAGAUGCAAAUGAAGUCGGCAGAGUUUUAAGGCGGCUUUCAAGAUGGAAAUGCAGCCUCAGAAUAUACCACAGAAGUUGGCACUAAAACAAACACAAAUAAGGUGUUUGGGUCAGUCUUGUUGCUUCACAUUACAUCAUAGUGGCCACAGCAGAGACCAGAAAUUGCCUUUUUCUCAUCUGACACUGCUGAAAACAAGUGGCUCAAGUCAAUCUUCAUUGUGCGGAAAAGGCAAUAAACAUCCACUCGGUGGGAUCAGAGACACAUACUGUGUUUUCCUUUUAGACUUCACCUUCCCCCCUUCUAAAAUAAUUAGUUUGAUUUGCCACCUUUGUGUAACAUUAAUAGUACCUACUGGUGUUAAUUCAACUGGAAAUUACCGCAUCACAGUGGAGUGCUGCAGUAGCAAGGAGGCAAACAAUGACUUGUUUUCGAUGCUGUUUCAUCUUAUUCUUGUUUAAGAAAUCAGUCGUUUCAUUCGUGCAUUGAUGAAUAAUGCAGUUGUGCUUGAAUGUACCCAGUGCUUACAUUAAAUUAACUGUAGCAUUAAAGUAUGCGGUCUGUCGGAGUUUGUGCAGGCCACAGAUUGAACAUAAUUGCUGCAACGUGCAAUAUGUUAAAACAAUUUCCCACUUCUUUGGCAAAUUUGAUUAAAAUUAUCCAUGUGAGUAGAAGCAUGACUACCGUAGUUGCUAUGUGAAAAAAAUGUAAUUUAUAACAAAGGAUUGCCUUAAUUCCUAGAGGGUGUGUAGCUUGUGAUAUUAUAAACAACACAAGGAAAAGAUCCCACUUAAGGAGCUGAAAUUCUACUGUGAUUUUUGUCUUUUGCCCACUUACUUACCGCUGUAAUUACCUGCAGAUUUAUUAUUCUUACCUCGUAGCUAAUGCCAGCGCUUCAAGGGUUUCUAAAAGGAACAGUCCCAACAUUUCUUUUCUGAGUGGAAAUGUUCUCAUUUUCUCUUCAACCUAAGAAGGGCUUUGUCACAUUGUGCCAUUCAUCGCGCUAUUUUAGCUCCGCGAAACACCAUUCGGUUCCACUAGCGUGAUGAAAUUACAGCUGGUGGCCCCAAUUAUCACUGCACACAACACCCUGCUUCCUUGGUAUUGAUUCAGCAAAGAGAAUUGGUGCCAAGAGGGGGAGCAUUGUGGUAAAGCGCGACCAGCACCGGCGAUAAAAAUUGGCAGCGAAUUUGGCAGUAUUCAUUUGGAAACAAGAACAAAAUGUCUGCCGUAUUAAACAUUAAAACUGCAGCGAGGUUUUUUGGGUUUUUUUAGAGAGUAAAAUUGCCACCUUAAUGCUGUGAGUUUCUUCCACUUGCACACACUGGCUAGGCAGCAGUGAGCGACUUCCCGACAGGAGGCUGACUGCAGUCGCACUAAAUAACUGGAAGAGGUAGACACAUUUCAAAGAUCUCAUUUUACUCUGUCAGGGAAGAAGCGGCGUGUCGCUACUUGAUGGCAUGGCUGCUCGGUGUGACAACUUCACCGGUGGGAAAACUGCCGCCUCCUGGUACAGAGUCUCUCCGGUGUCAGAGCGAAUCCUGCUGCUUCUUGAUGGCUUUUCCUUUCCUCUUUCUGUUUCACCUGCUCUGAUCGAGAGCCACAUUAGCAACAUGUGCUAGUUGUUUACUAGUAGCAACAAGAGGAUGUUUGCCAAUGUAGCCACUUCAAGUGACCCCUGGAAAAAAAAUUUAUUUGAUGCUUGUAAGAUGAAGGUUGUUGAGAAAGAAAGCUGUGUUCCAGUGAUGUUAUUUAUCUUGUUCUGUGCCGACACCCUGUAAUGAUGACCUGUCACUCUUCUCUGUUUUGUGCUCUAUAUUUAUAUAUGAUCAGGCUUCUUUUUCACUGUAUUUCUUUGGAUUUAUCACCCAUUUUUUGUGCCAUACCUGCAACUAAUGAAAAAAUAAAGAAAAGGAAUAUUUUA